UUACCAAAGACAGUGGAGGAUUUGCUCCGAAAUCUUGGGGCUCACUUCAGCAGAAGUUUUGGGAGACAGUCUGCCUUUGUACAGUUCCAAGAGUUUUUUUCAAGAGGAAAUCCACAAAAUACUAUCACCAGCAGUAACAAGAUGGCUGUCAUUAAAAUCUUGCGUUGACAGAGUGAUUGAACAAUUUCAACCGUUGAAGGCCUACCUGCUGACCGCUUCUGUCGAAGACCCGUCAAACACAGUGGAUAGCAUGUUAGCUGCUAUGAACAACCAAUUUAUCUACUUAUACUUGGAGUUUAUGUCUUAUGUUCUUGGUAUGCUAACAGAUUUUAAUGUAAUGUUCCAAUCCGAAACACCACUUCUCCAUAGAUUGCGACCAGAGGUUCACAAGAUGCUUCAAGAUCUGUGUACAAACUACAUGGACUUAAACUACAUUAAAAAUACACCCAUCAUGUCCAUUGAGCAUUCAAACCCCCGUCAUUUCCUGCAAUUAGAACAAAUAUAUUUAGGCAUUCAGGCAACAGAAACAUUUAAUGAAUUAAAGAAAAAUGCAGAAAAGAAAGAUAUUGAAGUUUUCUUAAAAAGUAUUUUAAGCUUCUAUGUGGAAUUGGUCACACAAAUCAAAUCUAGAUUUGAUUUUUCUGAUGAAGUUUUUGAUGUCCUCAGUGUCUUGGAGCCAAAAAGUGCCCAAACCUUCAAAGUAAGGUCUUUGGCUCAUGUCAUUAACAGAUUUCCCGUUCUGAAGAAAGUUGUUGAUGUCCAAAAACUCGACAAUCAGUGGAAAAGUCAUGCUUUGCUAGACUUCAAAGAGCAUAAACUUGAUGCAAAUGAGUCUGCUAUGCAAUAUUGGAAGGCUGUAUUCAGUCUAAAGACAGUCGCUGGAGAUGCUAUGUUUACAGAAAUACAAAAAGUGUUUAACUUACUUUUUAUACUGCCAUUUUCAAAUUCAUCUGUCGAACGAAUAUUCAGUGAACUGAAGCAUUGCAAAACCAAUGACAGAAACAAAUUGAAAACAGAAACAGUCGUUUCAUUGAUGGGUACAAGGGAAGGAAUCCGAAAUAGCGGUGGAUGUGUUAAAUUUGAACCUACCAAGGAAAUGCUCACAAGAAAUAUAUGGCAAUAAGAAAUUAGGCCUUAUUAUUAUUAUUUGGCUUUUAAAAAAACUAAAACUGUGUUAAUAUAGCCAAAUAUAUUGUGAUUCAUAUUUUGGUCAUCAAGUGAUAUAUUGUGAAA